AUGGCUACAGAAAUAGCCAUCGCCGAGGUCGAAGAGAUCGAAUUCGCCAAAAAGGCGCUUUCCCGCGUUGCCAAUAUUGGCGCCGAACUUGGUCGUCGAAUGAGAUCUUCUGUCGCUGGGAGUCUGGGCGCAAGGCUAUUAGUGGCGAAAGCGUCUCUGGAUUGUGCCGAUGCCGAGGAACUCGUGCGCCUGCAAAGACGCAUCCCUAAGCUACUCAACGACCUAGAGCGAAUAUGCGGAUGGCCCGAGCCAACAGAUUCCGGUUGCCCGAUCCUGCAUUCAGUCCUGCACCAGGGAACCGACCGGUCGGCACGUAGAGCGGAAGAUCGCGUCCAGCGUGGGAUAUCUGCAUGGGCCAAGGGGCCUCUUCUUGUUCGCCAGACCUAUUUCCAGAAUCUGGACCAGUUCUCGAAGCGUGCAAUGGCGAUAGGCGACGAGCAACGCCAACCGAAGCGGAAAGCUAAAGAAAUACCCGCAAUCGAUGAUUAUCCUCCACACAUCAAUCAUAGCCUGUAUUCGGUCAUGCUGGCACACUCUGUGUGCACGUGUAUAAUGGAUCGCGGAUAUACAAAAUCCAGGCACCCUGCCAGACUACGGUUGAGAGAUCAAUUGGUCAAGGUCGACGGGUGCAUCGCAUUCGACAUGCUGCUAUGUGCGAAGCCUGAUACUUGGGAGUACUGGCAAGAUGUACAACUACGCAUUUCAUUGAAGGAGGUGACCAAGAAAUCGCUUCGAAUUGUAGGCGGCGAUUCCAAUAUAUACACUGAACGGAAGAUGGCCCGUUUCAGGAUGAUAAAGCCAGGAUCUUUGUGUCAACUGCUCGAACCAAGACCUGGUGCUCGAAUAGAUUGUCAAAUACAGGGAUCGGAACUACGCCAACUACACGAGAGCUCACCAAUUAUGCAACAUGUACUCCCCGGCCCCAGCGUCUCUCUAAAGAACAUUCUGAACACUCACCGUCUAUCCAACAGGAUGAAACUAGUACUUGCGAAUAUAGUUGCGAAGUCAUUCUAUCAGUAUUACGAUUCACCAUGGAUGGACAGUAAAUGGAGCAGCGAGUCUAUCCAUUUCUUGCCCCAGUCUCGAAUCGACGGCAGCACGACCGAGACCGACGAAAAAGUCUUCUACGCCUCGAGGCCGUAUUUUGUCGUCGAAUUUGAGGGUGGCAAACGUCCAUUUCCGGAAUACUGUGACUCCUUCUCUGUGAUUUACCGGUACCCAAGGCUGCUUUCUCUCUGCACAAUUUUAAUGGAAAUUGGUCGGGGCAAGACUUUUACUUGGAACCACGACGAAUCAUUAGAGUGCAGUUUAAAUGCUAAUUGGAAUAUCGUCAAGCGUUUGGCUGACAGUCAUCGUGGCUGGGGAGACUUCGAUUACGCCGAUUACCAAAAAGCCAUUCUCAGCUGCCUCAAUCCCCAGCUUUCCGAUAAGGGCACAGCCGAAAAUAGCCAAGCCGAGUCAGAAAUAGAUAUUCGAAAAACCAUCAUUUAUAACGAUAUAGUCUUGCCCUUAGAACGAUUGCUCAAACUUGGAUUCUCGGAAAGCACACGAAAGUUAGAUCCGAUCCCGAUUGAAGCUCGGCAGCUUGGCGUCCAUGAACCUGCUAUACAAGCCCUUCCGACUUUCAAUCCCGAGAACAUAGCAAAUUUUGCCCAAGAUCGCGAGGCGGACCAGUCUGCCAGAUGGUUGGAUCAGAUCUUGAAAAUAAAUAGCUAUAUCAACGACGUAUCCAGACGGUGCACGCACGAAGGGAAGCGUCGUGCCACCCGGGUAGCUGUGCUCGACACUGGAUACGACGACGAGGCUGUAUUCUUCCAAGUUCCGGCUCGUCGAAGGCGCAUUAGGCAGUGGAAGGACUUUUACGGAGAUUUGGGCGAUCCCAUCGAUGAGACCGGACAUGGAUCUCACACGGCAGCGCUAAUCAUGAAGGUUGCCCCGACUGCAGAUAUAUACAUAGCCAGAGUCACCAAGAGCCGUGGGACUUUGCGGGAUUGCGCUCCCCAAAUCGCCAAGGCAAUUUGGUGGGCAGUAGACGAAUGCGAGGCCGACGUGAUAUCAAUGUCGUUUGGGUUCUCAGAUGAGAUACCGCUCAUCAGCAAAACUAUCAAUGAAGUUCAUUUGCAGCGGAACAACAAAAUCCUCUUUUUUGCUGCAGCGUCCAACUCUGGCGGAAACCGUAAGGAGAUGUUCCCGGCAAGUCAUGACUCUGUGAUAUCAAUACGCGAGACAAACAGCAAUGGCGCCUUUUCGGACACCAACCCACCUGUUGACCGCCUUGGACCCGCGGUAUUUGGUACAUUGGGUACCCAAGUGCGGUCGGCAUGGCUGCGCAGAGUCGAUGGCGAGCUGCCCAAAUCUGGUUCGUCUGUCGCCACCGCUAUAGCGGCUGGCAUCGCGGCCAUGAUGCUGAACUUUGCCAACCUCGGCUUUUGCAGCUCGAAAUUCGUGCUUCCCACCAGCGCCAACCGUUUGUGGACCAGGCGUGGCAUGCUCGCCCUGUUUGCGCGGAUGUCGGAAGAUAUGGGCAACCGGUGUUUCUUCAUCUCACCUAUGAGAUUCUUCUCUGACUCAAACGAGGUGGCUUCAUGGAUAGCAAUGGCCGAUGCCCUAAAGGGUUGA